CUGCUGGCGUUUUCGUUCAAACUUACCACAGCAGAUAUUGGACGAGGAGAGACACACUGAACGUAUUUUACUGAAGGGCAGUGUUGUAACAUCAAAAAAUGGCGGAGUGUGAGGCAGACUGGGAGUUGUGCAAAGAAAACAUUCAGCCACUGAGACGUGGCCGUGCCAUCUCAGCCCUGCAUCAAGCACUCAGCCAGCAGCAAGAGGGUUCCAACAGUGUCAUUAACCAACAAAAACAGGCAUUUGAGUUAGAGCUGCGCAUGUAUGAUGGUGAUGAUCCUCUUGAUGUCUGGGACAGGUACAUUAAAUGGACAGAACAGACAUACCCACAGGGUGGAAAAGAGAGCAGCUUGAAUCUUCUUUUGGAGCAAGCAGUCAUGAAGUUUACAGAAGAUACAAAGUAUCAUAAUGAUUCGCGCUAUGUUGAUCUUUGGAUCAAAUUUAUGGAAGGUUGUUCAGACCCUUUGGAUGUUUACCGAUACAUGCGAGCUCAGGGAAUUGGUACAAUGCAGGCAUCGUUCUAUAUUGCAUGGUCUGAAGAAUAUGAGAAAAGAGGAAACUCACGUAUGGCUGACAGUGUAUUCCAAGAAGGUUUAAAGUGUGGUGCUGAACCUCUUGACAGACUUCAGCAGUUUCACAAGGCUUUGCAGGCACGUGUGUGUAGACAGAUGAUGGCACCAGUGGUUGAAGAGGAAAAAGAAGAUGAGCCACAAAGAAUUUCCCUGGUGGAGCUGAAAGCCAAGGGAAAGAAAAAAGCUAUUGCUCCAAUCAACAGGGUGGCUGGCUCAAUUGGCGUUUCCCGAGGCCUGCAGUUCAAGCAACCACUUGGGCCAAGCCAGAACGGCAGACUUAUGAUAUAUGAUGAGAAUAAAGAGCACUUUGAACCUCAGGAGCCUACACCUGAAAGUUGGUCAGCCCAUCCAACUGCUAAGGCUAAGGAGAAUGAACGGAAACCAGAUAAAUGGACCAAUGCCAAGUUGCCACAGAAGUCCAGGUUUGGCCAUCCUACGUUGGUGGUUCCACCACCAAAGCCGACUUUCCAGCCAUUUGUAGAGGACAGUGAUCAGCCUCCUGCAGUAACUCCAUGUAAAAUUAACCCAGCAGUGAACACAGUGCUGUCUGCCAGAAAGCCACGUCGUGAGGAACAGACUCCGCUGAAGAGGCUGCAGGAGAGGCAGCAGCACAUGCAGCUGCAGCAGGAAGAUGAGCCCAAGACUGGAGAGAAGAGCAUGUACUGUAAAGAGCUGCUGUUUAGCGGUAUUACAGAGUUCUCUUUUGAAGAGCUGCGAGCUGAACGGUACCGUCAGAAAUGCAGCCAGAGAGUAGAAGCAGCCAGCAGUGAUGCUAACAGCCCAGAGGAGAUUGCUUCUAGUCAAAAUGACUGAUCAAAGAGUGGCUAGAAGAUCUAAAUAUUAUCAUUUCAAAUGGGCAUCAGUGGGCAUUUUUUGGUCUUGUGGUUGAUACAAAGAAAUAGAAUCACAUUUGAAGCGAGAUCAGACAGAAGCAAUACUACAAGCGGUUCAUUGGUUGCUUCUCUUUAGCUGUUACUGUUGCACUGUAGCUGUGAAUAUUGACUAUAUACAGUGCCUGAUUGAUGAAACCUUUUGGACUUUUGUAAAUAUUUUCCCUAUAAUAUUUUUACACCACCAUAUUCUUUCUCUGUUUUGGCAGUUGUAUUGUACUUUUAUAGUUUAUUAGGGUCGAAUGUGGUGUGGAGCCUUGUAAGAAUUUUGUGCCACUUUGUGCACAUUGUUUUUUAUCCUUUUAGAUUUACACUGGCCACACAUUGUAAGAACUGUCUAGUUUGUAAUAAACAAUCAUUUUGGAAAAAAA